AAUUCAACAAGUUGGAAUCUGUAAUUGAAAUAGAGUUUGCUCGGUUUGGUUAAUCAUGUCGCACUACGCGCCGUUCAUCAAGCCCUACAUCGAGUACAAUCAGUUCGGCUGGGGGCCCUGCGAUGUGUCGGAUAUGGAGGUGCCCUAUCAGCCCUUCUGCAAGAGCGACCGCUUGGGCAAGAUCAGCGACUGGAUGAUGCCCGUGCAGGACCAGAAGUACACUAACAGGUACGCCUCGACCUUUGGCAGCAACAACAGCCAGUACGCGUACUUCCACGAGGACGACGACGCCACCUUUCACCUGGUGGAUGGGGGCAAUCCGCGUGCCAUUAAGCCGUUUCAGCGCAAUCGCUAUCGCCCCAAUCAGCGCAACAACGUGCGCAUCCAUGGCCGGAAUGUGCGUGGCAAUGCGCUGAGUGGUGUGGGUCAGAGUGGUGCCGGUGGCUCUGGCGGUGCCGGUGCGGGCAACAAGUACGGCAAGGGGCGCGACAUGCGGCGCGGCUACAUGGGCCGCCGCUUCAUGCGCAACGCCCCGGUUCGCCUGCGCGAGAGCUCCGUGGUUGUGCGCUCCGACUGGGUCUCCAUCGAGGAGAUAGACUUCCCUCGGCUGCUCAAGCUCUCGCUGCCCAACAUUAAGGACGGCGUCGACAUCGUCACCUGCGGCGUCCUGGAGUACUACGACAAGCAGUGCGACCGCAUCAACGUGAAGAACGAGCGGCCGCUGCAGAAGGUCGAUCGCAUCAUCAAUGUGCCGGGCACCAUAGACGAUCCGGUCAUCCGGCGCCUCUCCAAGACAAUGGGCAACGUGUUCGCCACGGACGACAUCAUCGCCACGCUGAUGUGCUGCACGCGCUCCAACUACUCCUGGGACAUUGUCAUCGAGAAGCUGGGCACUAAGGUCUUUCUGGACAAGCGCGACAAUGCGCAGUUCGAUCUGCUGACGGUCAAUGAGACGGCCCUGGAGCCGCCGCAGGACAGCGAGGGCUCCAUCAAUUCGCCGCAGAGCCUCUCCCUGGAGGCCACACUCAUCAACCACAACUUCAGCCAGCAGGUGCUCAAGCUUGGCGACCAGGAGCCGAAGCACAAGUUCGAGGAGCCCAACCCCUUCGAGGAGCCCGGCGUGGAGCUGGCCUCCGUCGCCUAUCGCUACAAGCAAUGGCAGCUGGGCGACGACGUCGUCCUCAUUGCUCGCUGCAAGCACAACGGCGUCAUCAAGUCGCCCAGUGGCGAGCUGCAGUUCGUCUCCAUCAAGGCGCUCAACGAGUGGGACUCGAAGGCAGCCAACAGCGUCGAGUGGCGCCAGAAGCUGGACAGCCAGCGCGGAGCCGUGCUCGCCUCGGAGCUACGCAACAAUGCCUGCAAGCUGGCCAAGUGGACCGUGGAGGCGGUUCUCGCCGGCUCCGAUCAGCUCAAGCUGGGCUAUGUCUCGCGCGUGAAUCGCAACGAUCAUCUGCGCCACGUCAUUCUGGGCCUGCAGCAGUUCAAGCCUCAGGAGUUCGCCACACAAAUCAAUCUGAACAUGGACAAUGCUUGGGGCGUGCUGCGCUGCCUGGUCGACAUUGUGCUCAAGCAGCCGGAUGGCAAAUAUCUGAUCAUGAAGGAUCCCAACAAGCCCAUGAUACGCCUGUACGACAUUCCCGAGAACGCGUUCGACUCCGAGGGCAACGACGAUGAGGAGACUAGCGACGAUAGACCUUUCCUUAAGGCCAUGGGCAAUCAAAUUUAAAACUUGCUACGAUUUAGCAUAUACGU